GUGACACACCUGACCUGCUCCAACCCUCCAUCCUUUCCUUUAUGAGGACGAUAUGAACUGAAACCACCAUUCACGACACACCCCGCCCUCCCCGCAGAAGCAGUCGCCAUCUCCCUUCGCAUCCCCGGCCGCAGCCAUGCCGCCCUUCAUCAACAACCCGCUGCCCUCGUCGAUGCGAAGUGAAUGCAAGAAGGCCGGCCGCAUUCUUGCCUCCUUCGUCGAUCCGCGACAAGCCUUCGGCCCCGACAAGAUCAUCCCGCCCAACAUCCUCGCCAAUGCGAAAGGCCUAGCGAUCUUGACCGUCUUCAAGGCGGGCUUCUUGGGCUCUGGCCGGUUUGGCAGUGGCGUGGUGGUCGCUCGACUGCCGGAUGGUUCAUGGUCCGCGCCCAGCGCAAUCGGCACCGUAGGCGGCGGCUUCGGCGGGCAGAUUGGCUUCGAACUUACCGACUUUGUCUUCAUCCUCAACGACGCCUCCGCCGUCAAGACCUUUGCCCAAGUCGGCUCGCUCACCCUCGGCGGCAACGUCUCCAUCGCCGCCGGCCCCGUCGGCCGCAAUGCCGAAGCUGCGGGCGCCGCAUCGCUCAAGGGUGUGUCGGGCAUCUUCGCCUACAGCAAGACCAAGGGUCUGUUCGCCGGGGUGUCGCUGGAAGGCUCCGUCCUGAUCGAGAGAAGAGAUGCAAACGAGAAGCUGUACAACCGCAAGGUCACUGCACGCGAGCUGCUGGGGGGAAGUGUCCCCGUGCCUCCCCAGGCCGAACCCCUCACCCGCGUCCUCAACUCGCGUGUGUUUGCAGGCACGGGUGGGAGCUGGCAGGAUGAUGCCAUGUACAACGACGUGCCCGUCUACGACGAUGCGCAGGAGGAUGUGGUUUGGCAGGGCCGGACGGGCUCGGCGUACGGCGAAGGCGUGCGAAGCAAUCGGACGGGCAGUAUGGGGGCCGCCGACGACUACGCGUACCGCGACAAGCCGCAGAAGAGCAACACGUGGCAGGAUGAUCCAUACGACCAGGCCUCCAAUCGCAUAAGUGGCUUUGGCCAACUCAAUCAGAACCGCUCGCGCGCAUCUACGCUCGGCGACCAAAGCGACUACGUCUACUCCGACCGCAAAGGCCCCGCACCCGGGCGGCCAACGGCACCGAAGCCGCCCGUCUUUGCGAGCAAGAGCGGUGCGGGCGCCGGGCAGGCCAUUGCGAAGUUCACCUUCGAUGCCGACCAGCCGGGUGACCUGGGCUUCAAGAAGGGCGACAUCAUUACGAUUGUGAAGAAAACGCAGAACGAGACGGACUGGUGGACGGGGCGGAUAGGGGACCGCGAAGGCAUCUUUCCAAGCAAUUACGUCGACGUGGUGUAGGUCUUUGCUGUAUAAGGCGGAGGAUUUGGGAUAGGAACUUCCGUAUUGGGCGUUGAGAGGGCCAAAGGGAUGACUCUGUCGAUUGCCUUAGCGAUUUCCAUUUUAUUAGAGGAGGGCGUGGGCGCAGGGAUGGAAAACAGUUUCCAGUCGAGCGUACGUGAUUGAUGAAUGAUACCGAUCUCACUACGGAUUCCGUCCAAUCCACAUCGUGCCCUGGCUUCGCAGAGUGCCUUCAG